UAAAGUUCGGAGGCGUAGUGCCUCCUACCGCGCAUGCGUCAACUCGUUGUGUACGGAAGAGCUGUAGCAGCAUGUUGGACGGUGUAAAACUGAAAUGUUCAAACACGUUUUUCUGACGGGACCUCCAGGUGUGGGGAAAACCACUCUGGUCCAGAAAGCCUGUGAGGCUUUAGCGUCCUCCGGAGUGGGAGUUGAAGGGUUUUACACCGAGGAGGUCAGGGAGGGAGGCCGGAGAGUCGGCUUUGAUGUAGUCACUGUGGCAGGAGAGAGGGGCCACCUGUCCAGAAUCAGAGAUGUUGCCGGUUCAUCUCAUGGCAGACGGGAAUACACAGUUGGGCAGUAUGUGGUUGACUUGCCUUCGUUUGAAAACCUGGCUCUCCCCCUCUUCAGACAUGUAGGGUCAGCAGAUGGGGGCAGCAGGAAGGUGUUCAUCAUUGAUGAGAUUGGCAAAAUGGAGCUGUUCAGCCAGUCGUUCAUCAGGGCAGUGAGACAGACUUUAGAUAGCUCCUCUUGCACCAUCCUGGGCACCAUCCCCAUUCCCAAGGGUAAACCUCUAGGUCUCGUGGAAGAGGUGCGGAGCAGCAGAGAUGUCAAGGUCUUCACUGUGUCUAAGGAAAACAGAAAUGCCAUUCUACAAGACAUUUUAGCAACACUACAAAGUUGUCUUAAACGUACAAGCUAAUAUGGAGAUUCAGAGCCCCUAAAAGGGAAAGUGUCAGUGUGUGUACAGUACAGACAGCCAGACGGCUCAGUGAAUCUACACACGCUUCUUAACAGGUUCUUGACCUAACUUGAGGGGCAUACCGAGCUGCUGGAAGAGUUAGUGUGUCACAUGCAUGUAUUUAUGUACACUUAAUUUUUUUUGUCUUUCUCAUUCAGCCUCAAAAUGGAUUGCGUGCUAAAUAAUUGAUUGUGAGAUGGAACACAGCGAGGGAAUUGUUCAGUUAGUGUGUAAAUAUCCAGUGCUCUCAGAGUCAAAGACUGUUAGUCCUCAAAACAGCAGAUAUAUAUAUUUUUUAUUCAGCUGUGGGUUUAAAAUAGACUCAAGCAAGCAUUUCUCAUGUAUUAGCUUAUAAUAUUAAUUUGUUCACUAGUACAAGUGGUGCAAUUUUUUUAUUUGAUGUAAAAGGGGCAAGCAAAGCAGUGCCCCUGUUUAUUCAUUUAGAUCUUUGCUAUGGGAGCCCCCCUCUUGUGUUUGUCUAGUCACCCUGAGUCAGCUCAUUGAAAACCAAUCAAUAUUUAACAGCGCAACUAUGUCCAAUCCUGUCAUUAUUUAUUCAUCCACUAGCAUGAAGAAAAGAAUAGAAAAAUAAACAGGUGUUGUCUUUCAGCAAUGGGAUUGUUUCUUUUUCUUUCUUACAUUUAAAAGGUGGAAACUGUUCAUUUGUUCAGUGUUAGGGCAAUUAUGAUACAUACCUUCCCUCUUGUUAUUAUUAAACCGUUUGCAUAGAAUAAUAAUAUACUGAAUACUCUAAACAAGAUAACAUGGAGCCACUGUCUUGUCCUUGUCUGAGCACGGUGUGAUGCUGAGGAGAACAGGCGCUCCCUGACUAGAUAAGGGAGACGUCAUCGACUGACAAGAUAACAACUGUCUCGUGAUUGUAUUUCACACAUAAAUAAGCUACUGUAGAGAGCUUUACGUUAGGUCAUUGUCUGUACUAUUCUGUAGUGCGGAAGCAGCCUCCUUGUUGGGUUCUCAAGUAAAAUGAAGUUGAACUAAUA